AGGAGACAACAUACGUUGAUGCCGUAUACCAACAUAUCAUUUCAGCAGUUCAAAGAGCUUUCUGUUCACGAUUUUCCUUAUUACUUCCACGUAGAUGCAGUACAUUACCCUGUUCCUGCGACCUCUGCUCAUUCGUAGCUUCCAACAGCUUCAUGAUAAGAAGGGUACGAGGCGAACUAGGCUACGCCAAAGCUCGGGUACCACCCUCAAUUUCGGUAUCUGAGCCGGUUGGGCCUAAGUCAGGUAGCAAUGAUGACCCAUGUUAACCUAGACGAUACUUGACCAAUUCAAUGCAGACUAGAUAUCCAGAUCUGCAAGUGAUAAAAGCAAUACGCAGGCCAUGCAAGACGGCCAUGUUAUAAAUGCCGGCGCUAUGAUUCCAGCCCCCUUAGCUGACUAACAGAGCUGCAAAUCGCAAAUCGCGGAAUUCCGUGCACACUGAGAGGAACGAUGUUGCUCCAUCGCUGGUGUUGUAUAAAGAGAAAGGGGGCCACGAUGGUUGGGGAGGCAACUGAAUCAAUGGUAUCACUAGAUGUCAUUGAAGACAGCAAGUACCUAGUAACUAGUACUUAAAUCAUAAUGUCAUACGCCCAAGCGACCAUCGCCGCCGCGCGCCCUGCCCCAAAGACAGUCCUCGUCACAGGGGCAAACGGGUACAUCGGGCUCGCCGUAUCCCGGGCCUUCGUGCGCGCCGGCUGGCGCGUCUACGGCCUCGCGCGUCGCGCGGACGCAGUCGACACGCUCCUGGCGGAGGAAAUCACCCCUGUGAUCGGGGCUAUAUCAGCGGAUCUGUCCUUCGUCGACGAGCUGCUUUCCGAGACUACGACACGCCCCUUUGACGUCGUCGCCUCCUGCACCGAACAGCUUCCCUUCGACGAGCACUUCGCACACCUCCUCUCUCUCUUCGCAAAAGUAGCCCGUCACGCGCGCAGCUGCAAUGCCGCCAAGCCCCUCGUGCUCAUGUCCUCGGGGUGCAAAGACUACGGCGAGACAGGGCGUCACGGCACCGCUGGACUGGCGCCGCACACGGAGGAAUCCCCGCUCCAGCCAGAGGAUAUGCUGAAGACGCGCACGUUCUGCACGCUAGGCGUCUUUGAGCACAGCGAUCUCUUCGACGCAGCUGUGAUUCGUCCCACGGCGGUGUACGGGUACGGCGGGAGUUACUACGGCGUGCUGUUCGAAGCACUGCGAAAAGUCGCCGCGGGCGGAGACGUCGUGAAACUCCCAGGACACCCCGAUAACAUCUACCACGGCUGCCACAUCGACGACUGCGCGGACGCGUACGUCGCGCUCGCGGCGCAUCCGGUCCGCGCAGAGGUCCGCGGCGAAUGCUUUAAUGUCUCGGGGUACCGAUACGAGACGGUUUCCGACAUCGUGGCGGCCCUGAGCGCCGAGUACGGCGUCGGAAUCACCCUGGCGCGGACCUCGGAGGUCACGGAUCCGGAACUGCGCGUCCUCCACGUUAUGCUUGGGCAGACGCACUGGGUCGAUAGUACCAAGAUUAGGAAGUUGACGGGUUGGACGGAUAGGAGGCCGUUGUUCUCGGAUAGCUUACCUGUGUAUCGCCGUGCCUAUGAGGCGGCGUCUAGAGCGGCCGAUGCCAGUGUGGCGAGGAUUCGGGAUCGCACGGCCGGGUGGGCGGCUUCGGGCCUUUUAAUUGGAGAUGCGGAUGCAUGAGGACUAAGUUGAGAAUUCUGAAAUA